GAGUCUUGUUUGUGUGUGCUGAGCGUGUUCCUCUAAUUGACCUGAAUACGAGCAGCCAUCUGUUGGUCUGAAGGCUCUGUGCUGGACAGGGCUGGGCUAUAGGCUAUAGGCUGCCAGUCAGACUGCCUGGAGUAUACAGGCAGAUGAAUCAGGCCAAUUAUCCUGUUAAGAUGUAGGUGAACCACCGCGUGUGUCAGUGAAGAUUGUAGAGUGUGAGUGUAUGUGUUAGUGUUUGUGGAUGAGUACAUGGUCAAUUUUAAGGCUUGACAAUCUGUAAAGUAGACAGCGGGAAAUGAGAAAUGCAGCAGGUGUCUUCUGAGCAUAAUGCAAUGUAUUACCAACACCAGUGUAGUUGGGGUUACUUCCAUUUCAACUACAAAAGUUCAAAAAUUAAUCGUAAUUCAAUUCCUCAAUUGAAAAUCCAUAUUGAUUAAUUAAAUAAAAUUGCCUUUUCAAUUCCCGAUAUGAACUUUCCAGAAUUGACAGAAUCUAAAUGGAAUUGAUCCCAACCCUGCAGCAUGUAGUAUAGCCUACAGAGAAAGAGACUGUGGAAAGGUAGGGGUGAGCCGAGAGAGAGAGAGAUGUUAACACACUCCCCUGGAGUAAAUCUCACAAUCUGAUCAGUGUAUGUGGUGAGGUGGAUUAACUAACUGACCAACGGAACAGGAGCAGGACACACACAGGCUCUCAGGUGCUUUCCUCAACAGCCCCGGUUCUCCCACAACAUAAAAUAAGAAACUUUCAGAGGUAUCAGACCACAGAGCUAUUGGAAUAUAGCUUUUCUGGUACAUGCUGCUUUUAAUUCAAAAGAGAUAAACUUACUCACAUCAGACAUUUUAAAAUGGAGUCUAUUUCUUCAACCUCAAACUAUACUCAAAGAGUGCUGAAAAUGGGACACAAGUGCAUCUCUAAACCCUCGCCGUUACAAACACUCAUCCUCUCCACCAUCCUCCUCUUCAUCUCCCCUACCUCUGCCAUGCCAGGGCCUGACUAUGGAGGCCACCCGCGGUUCAUCUGCAUUCCCGUCCCUGCCGAUACCGACCCUGCCUGCUUCCCCUCUGGGGGGCCAGUCAUGGGGCCUAGCGGGGCAGGGCACCACGCGCCUCCUGUAGGGCCCCCGAACAGUAAUGGCUGGUGGGGAAUGACAGAGGAGGCUAAAACCACUAUUUUACACCUGAGAGAGAGCCUGGUGCAGCAGAAAGAGACCAUCCUGGAUAUGAGAGAGACCAUCAGGGAGCUGACCGCCAAGCUCACCCUGUGUGAGGGCUCCGGGCCGGGCAUCGGGGCUCACAACGACCACCAUGGACCUCCAUCUCAUCACGGAGGGGCUGGCAGCCAUCUGCCUUAUGCUGACAACGGUCACCAUGGCAACCAGCAGGGUCAACAUGGAAACAACAACCCUGCCUUGGAUGCAGCCGGACACUACCCUGGGAAUGGGGGGCACCGGUCGGACAGUGGGCAUAACAACAGGGGGAAGGAUAAACACGCGACACCAGAGGAUAUGAUAUCAUCAAAAUCGCCGGAGGAACUGGGCAGGAUGCUGCAGGCCCUUAAAGAGAGAAUGGAUAACCUGCAGCAGUCAAGGAACACCUCCACCACCUACUCCAGCUCUCUGAAGGAGCUCCUCCAGAGGAAGAUCAGUGCUCUGGAGCAGCAGAUGCACCACACCGCUGCUGCCCUCAGCAGCAGCCCCGAUCACCACGACGACAGCGAUCACCACGAUGACGGGCACCAUGAAGACCACGACGAUGACAGGCAUCCCGACGACAGUCACCAUGACGAUCACCAUGACAACGAUGAGCAUCACGGUGACAGUCACCAUGACGACCACCCCGAUGAUCACCAUGACGAUGGGCAACACGACAACGAGGCAGAUAGCCAUGGUUACCUGCAGAGAACGGGUUAUCGCAUACCAGGGCCCAGGGCUGGCCUGCACUCCAACAACAAACUGGACUCUCUACUGAAUAACCUGCACCACACAGGUACCAACAGCAGGAAGAAGACCAAGACCCCUGAUGCCUUCCAAAUCGGCUUCCCCAUGAGAACGAACUACAUGUACGGGAAGGUGAAGAUGACCCUCCUCCACGAGAUCUUUGCCCUCACCCUGUGUCUGUGGAUAAAGGGGGGCGCAGGCUCCGGGCUGGGGACCCCCUUCUCCUACUCUGUACCAGGACAGGCCAACGAACUGGUGCUGAUCGAGUGGGGCAACAACCCCAUGGAGCUGCUGGUGGAUGACAAGGCAGUGACUCUGCCCCUUUCUAUCAGCGAUGGGAAGUGGCACCAUGUGUGUGUGACGUGGUCGACGAGGGACGGUGAGUGGGAGGCGUACCAGGACGGGGUGAAGAGGGGCUCUGGGGAGAACCUGUCCGCAUGGCAUCCCAUCAAACCUGGAGGGGUCUUCAUCCUCGGACAGGAACAGGACACUCUGGGAGGUCGUUUCGACGCCACGCAGGCAUUUAUGGGGGACAUCUCUGACCUCCAGAUGUGGGCUAAUGUCCUCACGGCCCAUGAUAUCUACAGCCUGGCCUCCUGCAACAGCCACCUCAGCGGGGACGUCAUCACCUGGUCCGAGAACGCGGUGGAGCUCCACGGAGGGGUCACCAAGUACCCCUUCGACCCCUGUCACUAAGGGCAACCAACUAUUAUAACAUUACCAAUGGAUCCAUAUCACACACAUACUUAAAAGUGCUCCUAUCGAAGAAGGAUUUUUUUCCGAUCCAGAGGGGUAUGAGAUCACACGGGAUAGAGGAUCCACUCCACUUAAUAUUACCACCUGACUAAAAUUAUGCCUUCCUUUUAGUCUGAAAGACUGAAGACACCCAUUCCCAGAGACUGUGUUAUGACUAAUAUGGAAUUAAAAUGUUUUGAUAAUGAAAUGGACUAUAUAUACAGUGCCUUCAGAAAGUAUUCAUACCCCUUGACUUAUUCCACGUUUUGUUGUGUUACAGCCUGAAUUCUAAAUUUAUUAAAUUAUAACAAAUGUUCACCCAUCUACACAUAAUACCCCAUAAAGACAAAGUGAAAACAUGUUUUCAGAAUUUUUGCAAAUGUAUUGAAAAUAAAAUACAGAGAUAACCAUUUACACAAGUAUUCACACCCCUAAGUUAAUUCUUUGUAGAAGCAACUUUGGCAGUGAUUACAGCUAUGAGUCUUUCUGGGUAAGUCUCUAAGAGCUUUCCAGACCUGGAUAGUGCAAUAUUUUACAAUUCUUCAAGCUCUGUCAAAUUGGUUGUUGAUCAUAGACAACCAUUUUCAGGUCUUACCAUAGAUUUUCAAGUAGAGUUAAGUCAAAACCAUAACUUGACCACUCAGGAACAUUCACAUCUGCUUGGUAAGCAACUCCAGUGAAGAUUUGGUCUUGUGUUUUAGGUUAUUGUCCUGCUGAAAUGUGAAUUAAUCUUCCAGUGUCUGUUGGAAAGCAGACUGAAACAAGUUUUUAUCUAGGAUUUUGCCUGUGCUUAGAUCUAUUCCAUUUAUUUUUAAUCCUGGAAAACUCCCCAGUCCUGAACGAUUACAAGCA